AUGAGCGAUUAUAAGUAUAACAUCAGUCAGGCCCAGCAUGCGCACAUUAAUAGGUUCGCUCUCAACAUAGCGCGAGACGAGGCCAUCAACGUUAAAAGCGUUGAGAACAUGUUUAGCGCUACAGAGGCUGUUGGCUUCAAACUAUUCUUCUCUUUCGACUACGCCGGUCAAGGCCCGUGGGAUAAGGAGGAUGUCAUCGCUAUGCUAGACAUUUAUGCCAAUAGCCCGUCAUACUUCCGACACUCAACUGGUCAGCCUCUAGUAUCGACUUUCGAGGGCCCAAAGCAGUCAGAUAACUAG